AUCUUUAUGCUGAUUUAGUUGUUAGCAACACUUGUUUAUUUAAAAAUCCGAGCUGUUGUUUCAAGUUAAAUUAGAAGCGCGCAACAUGAGCAGUGUUCGACUUUAAAGGGCGCGGCUGCGCAGAGUGAUCUAAGCUUGACAUCAAAAUAUCGCGGGAGCUUUUCGUUUCGCUGUGUUCUCGUUCACUCUCGCGGUACUUCAAUGUAAAAGGCCAAUCGAUCUGCGCAGCGCAGCGCGUGUAAUCGAUCCCUAUUGUUGCUUGAGCUGUCUGCGGAGUGACGAGGGAACUUUCCUCUUCAGGAUGAAUUUCACGAAGUUUUCGUGGGUCUUUGCGCUGCUUUGCGAGUGGGUUCGGUCCGGUGUCGCUUGCUCGGGGUUGCUGCUCUGCCGGUCAUGCGGGCACGAGGUGGCGGAAGACGCGGACGUGAGAUUCGUGCCCAGCCGUCUGGCGCUCUCGCACCGGAACGACACGGUGAUCGGCGGGAAGCGGGUGUCCGUUCAACUCUUCGAGAAUCCUCAAGGCUUUCGUUUCGACGUCGUUACUUUUAAGAAAGCGGACGUUCUGAAGCACUGGCCGGCUGACAGCCACUUCUCCUGGUAUCCCGGUUUCUCGUGGACGGUCGCCACCUGCCCGCGGUGCAAGACACACAUGGGUUGGGCAUUUCAGCCGAGCGAGUGGCCUAGCACGGUGACCCGGGAAGAGUUCGAGGGUUCCGAUCAGACGUUUGUGUCCCUCAUAGCUGACAGGUUACUGCAGGAACACUUUGCAUCCACACUGCUGAUGACACCCAAAUCUUUCAGAAGUUGACCACACUUUAUGCCAUUUAAUAAAGUUAUUUUUAUGAGAAUGUUUAA